UUGUACCCUUAGGUAUUGUUUUCGUUCGCUGUUGUAUUCACUCGCUUUUUGUACAAUCUAUCUCAUUAGACGAAUAAGGCUUAACCAUUACACGAGCUGUCUAUUUUGAACCUUUGACUGAUAACUGAUAAUUUGCAUAAUGAAGUUUUCGACUGUUGUAUUGGGUUUGGCUGCUACUGGGUUGGUUGUUGAAGCAGCCGCUCCAGCUGCAGCCGCCGCCGCCGCUGAUACUGCUACUACUGCUGCUGAUACUGCCACCACCAAUACUGCCACUACUGCUAAAGAUACUGCCACCACCAAUACUGCUACCACUGCUAAAGAUACUGCCACCACCAAUACUGCUACUACUGCUACCACUGCUAAAGAUACAGCAGAUUCUGAUACUACCACUCCUAAGGAUGCUGCCACUACUCUUGAUACCACCACCACCCCAGCAGCAGUACAAGGUCAAGCCGGUGGUGGGGCUCCUGCUGCUGCUGCCCCUACUACCAACACCGACACCGCUGCUGCUGCCUCUGCUGCUUCAGCUGAAAGUGUUGCUAAAACUGCCCAGGAACAAACUCAAGAUUAUUCCUUUGUAACUACCAUGGCUGCCAGAACUACCGCUUCCCAAAGUGAUUCCAGUGCCUCUGGCUCCGGUUCUGGCUCCGGUUCUGGCUCCGAUUCUGGCUCCGGUUCUGGCUCAAGCUCUGGUUCCGGUUCAAACUCAGGAUCAAGCUCUUCUUCCUCCUCGGGAUCUUCCUCUGGUGGCUCCUCUGUCAAAGUCAGUCUUGGUGCCUUGAUUUCUGGUUUGUUUGUUGCCUCCUUGGGCUCCUGGGUGGCUCUCCUCUAAUCCCUUUAGCUUUCCAAGCUCUUUACUUCUCUGAUAUCUCUUGUUUUUAGUUCUUUCGUGUUUCUUUGUAUUUUUCGUUAUUGAUACCC